AUGGAUUCGAGACAGCCGCCGCAGAUGCCCUUUGCUAGGAACAAUGCCUCGUCGCCACCCUACGCCCGCUCAUCUUUCCCGUCUGCGCCUCCCAAUACCGCGUCGACCUCCUCACCGUAUCCUCCACAUCCUGCUGCCGUCGGUGGUGCAGCCUCUACAAGUCCUGCCGCAGCCGCAGCUGCAGCUGCAUACAGCGAAAACCAGCGUCGAAUGUCCGACGCGAACUCCUUCUACCCCCAGCAGAGACCGCCCUACGCGAACGAGCCCACGUCGCACCCUGCGCAGACACAUUCGCGCCAUCAGAGCUCUUCGUCUGUGAACAAUGGCCCCAUGCAUCGCAACAUGGCUCCGCCUUCACCGCCCCAACAUCCAGCCCAGCAGCCUCCUCCACCGCAUCCGAUGGGCCACUACAGCGGGCCACAUGCUUCGAGAGCUCCACCCGUGAACCUUGGGCCGCCACCCAACGCAUUCCGCGAGCUGCCCGCCCUCAACUCGAUAGCUCGGACAGGGAGUAGUACGAACCACAGUAUGUCAAUAUCCUCCAUGCUUGGUGGUCCUCCGUCGGCGCAUCGUGAGCCGACCCCGGGGCACGCAGGCUCCUACGCACCUCCCGUUACCACCUCGGCUGUGUCGGGUCCCGCAUAUGCUGGCACUGUACACGCGUCCCCACGAAUGCAGGCUACAAACGAGUUCAAUUCCUAUAACAGACGGCCACAGACACCCGACCAGGGACGACCGUUUGAAACGAGAGAUCUCAGGGGUAGUGCUGCUGGGUCGCCACCCCGUGGCGCAUACGGUACCCCUGAAGUAGCGAGGUACAGCACUCCACAGGCUUACCCGCCGAGAGGUCCUCCAAUGCCACCGGGUGAAGACGGCAGAAGGGAGCCACCUGGACGUAUGGCGGCCGCCAGUGUGCCUCCUAGGCCAAGCAGUCAACCGAGGUUGUACCACGGCAUGGCCCCAAGAUCCAUGGAUAUGGGCAGAGGUCCCACCCCUGGGGAGCCGGUCUAUGGUAGGCGAGAGGAUGGGCGCCCUGGACCCCCAGUCGAGUACAAUCCGGAGCGGGGGCCGCCACGGAACAUGCCCCCGUACGAAGAGCAGCACCGCUUCAUAUCCGAACGGGAUAUGAGGGAUGCAGAGUUUCGGGAGAUGGAACGGAGAGAGCGAGAGAGAAUGCAUUACGAGGAUCCCAGGUUUCAGGCCGAGAGAGAACGUAUCGAUAGAGAAAGGGAGCGCGAGGUGGAACGCGAGAUGAUGGAAAUGCGGGAGAGGGCACGAAGAGAGAGGACGACAUCCGAUCCAAACCGACCCCCUGCUGGCCACCACCCAGCUGAUUUCGGUCCCCAAGGUCCGCCGAGACACCCGCCUCCCUACAACAACAGGCCGCCUGAUCCUCGGGAUCCAGUGGCCUGGCAGCAGCGGCCCGGCUUUGAUCAGCCCCCGAGGGAUGCGUACGGUCAACCUUAUCCUGCCCAGCGACCAGGUGAGUUUCCCGUUACGAGCGGCGCGCCGUACGGAGCACACCCUGCCUCUGCGCAUCAGCCACCGGACCGUUUUCCCACCUCAGGGCCCCCUCCCCAUGUGAUCCCCGCGAGCCAGGGUGGACCGCCACCUGGCCAUCCCUUCGAGUCACCCGACCGGCUUAGGUUUACGCCAGUUCACCCCCAGCAUCCACAUGGAGGACCCCAUCGAGGUCGGCCUGGAGAAGAAGGGCCGCCUCCCCCAUCGGUCGCGUAUAACGGGGGUCCGGGCGCCGCCGCUUUCGAAGUUGGUCGGCCCCGACAUAUGGACGAAGGACCGAUUCAUGGUGGAGCACCGAGGGGAUUACUGGGCGUGCAGGAGAUCAAUCGCAAAGGGCGGGUGUCUCCCCUGCCACAAGCUGUUCAGGGCGCCCAGCCACUGUUGCAGGGCCCCGCUGGUGAGCCUGGGAUCAAGAGCGAAUUUGGCCGUAUGUUCUCCGGCAUAGGAAGCGGUGUACGCGGUAUCGGUGUCUCUAGCCCAGUGCCCUCCGGCGCGCAGAUCCCAUUCUCCAACGCGAGCCUCGUGCGGCGCGAUGAUGUUGAGCCUCCGGCACCAGAGCCUGUGGUCGAGGCUCCCGUCAAGGCCCAGAGGAAACGAAGAAAACCCAAGGAUGAUGACGGCAAGGGUGAUGACGAUAGCACUGGCAGGAAUACCCCGGUAGGCCGAGCCAAGCGCACCAAGACUCUCGCCCAUCAUCACCACCAUCAAUCCACCGCAGCUUCAUCCUCCAAGCCCGCACCCCGAGGUCCCACCAUCAUUCCCAAGCCGAAACAGACCAUCGCGUCGCAGGCGGUUCUCGACAGCGUCGCGGACCGCCCGCGGAAGCACCUCGGUGAUGUCCUGUAUCAAGUGACGUUGAAACCCUCCAAGAUGGAAUCCUCCCAAUCCAAGUUCGGCUACUCGUCCAAUCCGAACCCGUUGCCGAUGAAGACCAUCAAAGGGAAUGAGAACUCGACCUUGACGGUUAAGGUGCCGCGCGUUCACCUCACACCAUCUGCUCGCGAGGAGAUCACUUCACGACGAGCCAUCUGGGGUACGGAUAUAUACUCGGACGAUUCGGAUGUCGUUGCGGCUUGUAUUCACGCAGGAUGGAUCCGAGGUGAAUGGAGCGACGACGUGGAUGUAGACCUACUCGAGCUGCAGAAACCGAUACCUUCGAGGCCCAAGCAACGCGUGGUACCGCCCGAGCAACACCUCGAGGUGCUCAACUCGGUCCCGGCGGCAGGCCCGGUUCAUGUGCCCGCGGACCGGGAUCUUCACGUAACCCUGCUCAUUCUCCCGGCACUCGAAAAGUACUGUAGCACCACCCGCUUUGGCAUACAGAGCCGCGAGUUUGGCGGCACGUACAAUGGACGGAAGGCGGUUCACGACGGCAUCAGCUUUAUGAUUCAGAGCGUCCGCUGGGUAGACGGCGCGGCACCGCAGAGUAGGCUUCGCGGUAGAGACCGUAGGGAACGUAUUAGGCAAGCCAUGUCAGAGGUACAUCGAAGCCAGGUCCUGGACAUCGGGGAGAAAGAAGUCCUGACUAAAGUGACGCCUAGAGACCAGGUCAAGGGCAGGGGCGUAAAAACGGAAUCAGGUAAUGGGGAGGGGAAUAAGGAAAACCAACCCAUCGAUGCGCCAACUGCGAAACCGACGGGAGGUGAAGCAUACAAGUCCGCCAAGGAAGAGGAGAAGGAGAAGAGCCGACAGGAGAGCUGCCCGGUCGGAAGUAGUGGCGAGAAGCCGGCCGAUGGAUCUGCCGAAGAAACUAGCAAGCGCGAACCUGGCGCGACGGACCGGCCUUCAUAG